CUUAUUAGACUAUUGAUAAAUACAAACGAGAAUUGGCUUGCAAAAAAUCUAAUUUGAAUUAAUUAACUUCACCUGAAAAUGAACAUCAACUUGCCCAAUUUUAAUAUGAAGAACCUUGUCAAGGAGACGGGUAGCACAAUAUCACGAGUGGUCCAGCUAACGGAGGAGAAAUUGGGCAUCAUCGAGCGCACCGAGUAUGAUAUACACUUUCAAAAUCUUGCGGAACGCGCCGACGUGACCAAAACAUGGACAGAGAAGUUGGUGCGCGACACCGAAUCGGUGCUUAUACCGAAUCCACAGAAUCGGGUCGAGGAUUAUAUAUUCGAAAAGAUUGAGAAAUCGAAACCGAAACGACUCAGCAACUUGGAGCAUCUGGCGUUUGACAUGAUUGAGGCGGGCGGCGACUUUGGCCAGGACAUGCCCUACGACCAGGCACUAAUCAAAGUGGGCCAGGCCGAGCAAAAGUUAGGACAGUGCGAGCACGACUUCAUUGCCACCUCAGGCAUAUGCUUUACGCAACCGUUACGUAAAUUUCUAGAAGGUGAAAUGAAGACCAUCAGCAAGGAUCGCGGCAUACUGGAGACGAAGCGCUUGGACUUGGAUGCGUGCAAGAAUCGCGUGAAGGAGGCACGCAGCAUGCUGGGUCAACAGGCGGCGGAGCGCGACCUGCGCGUGGCUCAGGCCGAAUUUGAUCGUCAGUCGGAGAUCACCAAGCUGCUGUUGGAUGGCAUCAGCACAUCGCAGGCAUCGCACUUGCGCCAUCUGCACGCCUUCAUCCAGACCCAGGUGCGCUACUACAAACAGUGCGGCGAUGUCAUGGAUCAACUGCAGCGCGAGCUGGCCAACUUGGGCCCAACACCCUACACACCGAUCGAUUUGCAUGAUGCCGCCAAGUCCAGUGCCGCCGGCGGCAUGGGCGGUGGAGCACGUAAUCCUGGCAACAACAACAGCAGCAGUGCCGGCCACAAAGCUAAUCAGUCCAUGCAACUGAAUGUGAGCUCGGAUCAAAUGCAGCGCGCGCGUGUCCUGUGCUCCUAUGAUGCCAAGGAUCACACAGAAUUGAAUCUAAGCGCAAACGAGGUCAUCUAUGUCGCCGAAUGCUCACCUGUAAAUGAGGACUACAUGUACGGUAAGCAGGGUCUGAUGAGGGGCCUGGUGCCGCGCGCCUUUGUCGAAAUGCUCGAUGAGGAACAUGAUGUAACUCUCUAAGUGGAUGGUCUUAAAUGCCAGCAACCAAAAUAAAAAGACAAAACCCAUAAUCAAGAGAACAAUUAUGAUACACAAAACCAACUAAAAACAAAUACUCAUAAACAUUUAGAGCAAAUGCAAUUGGACAAUUACUACAUACUUAGUUCAUACAUAAUACAUAUGCAAAUUAUGCAAGAGAGUACAAUAAUUUAUCGGAAUAUACAUAUAAAGUAUACAACAUAUAUACACAUACAUAUUAUAUUAAAAAGAAAGGGCAUUGCGCCCUAGCUUAGUCCAUGUCGUUUGAUCAGUGUGCCUCAUGUAACCCACAAAAUGCAUUCCAAUCACCCAGCAUUUAGAUAUACAUAGCUAAAUGACCUAUCCUUGUUACUUGCUCAGCUUUUAAA